AUGCCUCAAACCCUCAAAGUCGCCGUCGCGCAAUCGCGCACCCAAUCAACCCUCUCCGCCACCCUAACCUCCCUUGAAACCAUAACCUCCCACGCUGCCUCCAAAGGCAUCCGCCUCCUCCUCUUCCCGGAAGCCUACCUCGGCGGCUACCCACGCACCUGCGACUUCGGAACAGCAGUCGGCGCGCGUGCACCGCACGGCCGCGACCAAUUCCUUGAAUACUUCAACGCCGCAGUUGACUUGGGUGAUACGCCUGCGGGCGCGGGGGAUGAGUGGGUGGAGCGGAGAUUGCCGCUUCCCGCGGGGAAGGAGUAUCGGGGUGAUGGGACGAGGGAGAUGUUGGAGAGAGUUGCAAAGAGGACGGGGGUUUUUGUGGCUACAGGGGUGAUUGAGAGGGCCGGGGGGAGUUUGUAUUGUGCGGUUGUUUAUGUUGACCCCAUGAGGGGGGUUAUUGGGAAGAGGAGGAAGGUUAUGCCUACUGGCUCAGAACGCCUCGUCUGGGCGCAAGGAUCCCCAUCGACGCUGAAAGCAGUAACGACUGAGAUUGAUGGCGUCACAAUCACCCUAGCUGCCGCAAUCUGCUGGGAAAACUUCAUGCCUCUCCUUCGCCAAAGUCUCUACUCCCAGAACGUCAACAUCUACCUUGCCCCCACAGCAGACAGCCGGGACACCUGGCUUCCUCUAAUGCGCACCGUCGCCGGCGAAGGACGCACCUUUGUCCUCUCCGCAAACCAAUCCGUGCGGCGCGGAGACUUGCCCGAGUGGAUCACAAAGUAUUCUCAGGGGGAAGCGUCUGCAGACGAGUACAUCUCGCGCGGUGGCUCAUGUAUCGUCGGGCCUUUGGGUGAGGUUCUGUCUGAGCCUGUUUGGGAGGCCAGUACGGAUGACGAGGCGGGUAUUGAGGCGGGCUUGUCGAUUGCGGAGAUUGAUCUUGAUGAUUGUCUGAGAGGGCGAUUGGAUAUGGAUGUGGCGGGAAGCUAUUCGAGGAAUGAUGCGUUUCAGCUUACGGUUAAGGGGUUGGAUUUGAACCCUCCUCCUGUUUGA